AUGUCUUCCUUCAUGCUCAUGGGCUUCUUUGCUGUUGCCGGUGGUCAGCGUUCUACAUCUGUUAAUGCUCAGCGUGGCACCUCCACUUUUUAUAACUAUUACUUCACUGCUAUCCAGUGCUCCUCAGGUGAUUUGCUCCUCACUCAGCUUCGCAUCUACAGCCCUCGUGAUGACAUUCCCCUUUCUGACAACACUGUCAUCUUCUCUGUUGCACAUGUGCAUGUUCCUGCCAACGCCACUGUUCUUCUCGACACAUUUUCUGUCUAUCCAUUCCCUGGAGAUUCCAAUGACAAUAACUAUCAGUCUCCCAUUCCAGACAUGCCAUACCCAUAUGCCAUCGAUCUUGAUACAGUGCUUUUGAAGCAUGACAUCUUGGCUGAUGGAAAAUCAAAGGCUUUCUUGGUGGAAGUUCAUGAGUGUGUUCACGAUGAGCAACGCUCUUCCUCGUUGCAGUAA